AUGCAUCUAAGAAAGUGGGCGACGAACGACAGUGAGCUACAGGUAUCGUUCAGGACUAAAAACAAAGACAACAGUCAGAUGAAAAAGGUCUUGGGCAUUGUUUGGAACACGACAAAUGACGUCUUGUCACCUCCAAUGGACUCAUUGGACCAGUUCCUGACAAAGAAAAGAGACACGAAGAGAUGUUUACUUCAAGUUAGUGCACGAAUAUACGACCCCCUCGGCAUUCUCUCGCCCUACACAGUCAAGGCAAAAAUACUGAGUCAACGAGCGUGGGAAUUGGGCAUCGGAUGGGACGACGAGCUACCCGAACACAUCGGUAAAGAGUGGCAACAGUGGUGCAAGGGAAUUCCAUUUCUACCAAAGAUCACUGUGCCAAGGGCAAUCACAGACGAUGACUCAGUUGUGUCCCGAAGUAUUCAUUGCUUCUGCGAUGCGAGCCAGCAAGCGUACGGUGCAGUGCUGCAUCUGCGCACAGUGUACGAAGAUGGAAGCAUAAAUGUCGUUAUCGUGGCUGCUAAAUCGAGGGUAGCCCCACUAAAGCGAGUUUCACUCCCAAGACUUGAACUUUUGGGUGCUCUUGUGGGUGCUAGGCUUACUAACUACGUGACAGCAACUUUGAACUACGAGGGCCUCACCGUGCGGUAUUGGACCGAUUCGACCGUGGUUCUUCACUGGGUAAAAGGAAGCGCUAGUAGAUGGAAACCCUUUGUUGCCAACCGCGUCACCGACAUUCAAAGUAUAUGCAACCCUUCAGACUGGCAUCACUGUCCAGGUGAAUCUAAUCCAGCUGAUCUGCUGACAAGAGGAGUGCUGCCCGACAUGCUCAUGAAAGAUGACUUCUGGUGGAAGGGACCUGAGUGGCUCAACAAUGAAGAGGCCUUCUGGCCGAAAUUCGAAGUUGACACCUUGGAGCUUCCUGAAACAACAUCGCGAGAGGAAAGAAAAAACGCAACAGCGAUGAUGGCGACGGAUGUCGAUGUUAGCACGCCACUCCUCACUCUUGAGAACCACAGUUCUCUUCUGACUGUGCUUCGAAUCACCGCGUGGAUCAAGCGUUUUAUUCACAACUGUCGACAGAAAGAUGCUAGGAUCUCUGGCCCGCUCAAUGCGGCCGAAAUCCAAAGUUCGCUGAGACAAUGGAUCCGCCAGGUGCAGAGGGAAAGCUUUCCAGGAGAACUGGAGAUACUAUCAUCCGGCAAAAACACUGUCGGCGAAACGUCUCCACUACGAACCCUGUCGCCCUACGUGGACGAGGAUCAAAUAAUGCGCUUGCGAGGAAGGCUGCAACAGCGCGAUGCAGAGACAGCAGUUAAGCAUCCCAUAAUUCUUCCCAAGGAUCACGACUUCACUUCGAAACUCAUCAUGCAAGAGCAUUUGCGACUUCUGCAUGGAGGUGUUAGAGACACCUUAGUGCAGCUCCAGGUAGAAGCCAUGGUGAACUCUAGGCCCAUCUCCUUCGUCUACUCGGACAGCAACGAACCCGGUCCCUUGUCACCGGCACACUUCCUAGUCGGUAAGCGUAUAACCCGACUGCCUGACCAGGCUACUGUUACCUCGGGGCCCGGCCAGCUGCAGCUAUCGAAGAUGCUGCGUUACCGAGAGGCUCUCCUGCGGCGCCUGUGGAAGCGGUGGGUACACGAGUACCUCCUGGAACUGCGUACCGCACAUGAGCGCGCACUGCGACCUCAACGGCACCGCAAGUAA